AUGUCGCGGUUUGGCACCGUCGCCUGGUCACGGACCACGUCGUCACCAUUUCCUACUCGCCGCACGCUGCUCGUCAGGAAAGCAAGGACCGGAUCGGAUCAGCUGGCCGCGGACGCUGCUAAGGCUGGACGUACGUUGCUCAGGCCUCCGGACGUUGCUCCAGCCGCCGGCCAUCGAGAAGCCAGGCCGUGCAGGUAUCCAAGUUUCGUGCUUGCUGAUCAAUACUCAAAGAAAAGCAUACUACGUGAACCAGACCUGCUUCGGCUCCUCCAAUCAAAAAGGAGUCAUGUGCGGCUCCAUGGACCUGCGUCCAACUACCUGGCAGCGACAGCGAGCGGCUCCUCCACGCUGCGUGAGGGACGGAAGCACGGAGGCGAGGCGAAGCUGGCAAGAUCAGGGGCGCUCGGCAAAGGAGCCACCAGCCCUUUACACACACAUAAGCCAGCGGAAAAAAAUCUCACACACUCCACUACCGCGCCUCCCCAUCCCGCCCACACACGCGCCCGCGCCCACGCCCUGCGCCGCCGCCCUCAGCUUGCCGCGGACCCCGUCCCGGCCCCGACCUCGCCUCGGCCGCGCCCGCGCCCGCGCCGCCCCGUCCCGGCCGUGCCCGCCCGCGGCGGCCCCGACCUCGCCUCGGCCGCGCCGGCGCCGCCCUGUCCCGACCGCGCCCACCCGUGCCGGCUCCGGCCCCGCCUCGGCCGCGCCCGCGGCGGCGCCGCCCCGUCCCGCCCGCGCCGCCCCGAACCUGCCUCGGACGCGCCCGCGUCGUCCCGCCCCGGCCGCGCCCGCGCCGGCCCUCCUCCGCCGCUGCUGCCCGACCGCGCCCGCGCCAUCCCCGGCCGCUCUCGCCCUACCUCGGCCCCGACUGUCGACCGCAGCACGCCCCCGCCUCGUCCGCUGCGCACCGCCCCGCGCCGGUGA